ACCAAUCGGAGAGAGGCAGUUUAUUAUCACUUCCUGGGUCACUUCCAGAAGUCACUUCCGGGGUCGAGGCGAGGCCAACAAUACGCCUGCUGCCGCAGGAGGAGUUACGAGCUGGGCCGCGCGCUGCCUGAAUGCCUAAACCAGGUUUUGCGCCUGCUCAUAUAAAGCUCUCCUAACGCGUCUUCCGGUGGGAAUUUCUUCACUGGUCCGGAGUCGGAGACUGAGUUUAGCUUUACUGAGGAGCUCUAAAUUUAGGCGGGUAUGAGUGAUUUCAGUGAAGAAUUAAAAGGGCCUGUGACAGAUGAUGAAGAAGUGGAAACAUCUGUGCUCAGUGGCGCAGGAAUGCAUUUUCCUUGGCUUCAAACAUACAUAGAAACUGUGGCCAUAGGAGGGAAAAGGAAGAAGGAUUUUGCUCAGACAACAAGUGCUUGUUUAAGUUUUAUCCAAGAAGCUCUGCUGAAGCACCAAUGGCAGCAAGCUGCAGAAUACAUGUACAGUUAUUUUCAGACCUUGGAAGAUUCGAAUAGCUACAAAAGGCAGGCUGCACCUGAGAUUAUUUGGAAGCUCGGAAGUGAAAUUCUAUUUUAUCAUCCCAAAAGCAACAUGGAGACUUUCAAUACUUUUGCUGACCGGAUGAAAAAUAUUGGCGUCAUGAAUUAUUUGAAGAUCUCCUUACAACAUGCAUUAUACCUUCUGCAUCAUGGAAUGCUUGAAGAUGCUAAGAGAAAUCUGAGUGAGGCAGAGACAUGGAGACACGGUGAAAAUACGUCUUCCCGGGAAAUAUUAAUCAACCUUAUUCAGGCCUAUAAAGGGCUUUUACAGUAUUAUACCUGGUCUAAAAAGAAGAUGGAAUUGUCAAAGCUUGAUAAGGAUGAUUAUGCUUACAAUGCAGUAGCCCAGGAUGUGUUCAACCACAGCUGGAAGACAUCUGCAAAUAUUUCUGCAUUGAUUAAAAUUCCUGGAGUUUGGGACCCUUUUGUGAAGAGUUAUGUAGAAAUGCUGGAAUUCUAUGGGGAUCGAGAUGGAGCCCAAGAGGUACUCACCAAUUAUGCAUAUGAUGAAAAGUUUCCAUCAAAUCCAAAUGCCCAUAUCUACUUAUACAACUUUCUAAAGAGACAGAAGGCACCAAGAUCAAAAUUGAUAAGUGUGCUUAAGAUUUUGUAUCAGAUUGUACCAUCUCAUAAAUUGAUGUUGGAAUUCCAUACAUUACUGAGAAAAUCAGAAAAAGAAGAACACCGUAAACUGGGGUUGGAGGUAUUAUUUGGAGUCUUAGAUUUUGCUGGAUGCACUAAGAAUAUAACUGCUUGGAAAUACUUGGCAAAAUAUCUGAAAAAUACCUUAAUGGGAAACCACCUUGUGUGGGUUCAAGAAGAGUGGAACUCCAGGAAAAACUGGUGGCCAAGCUUUCAUUUCAGCUACUUUUGGGCAAAAAGUGAUUGGAAGGAAGAUACAGCUUUGGCCUGUGAGAAAGCUUUAGUGGCUGGUUUACUGUUAGGAAAAGGUUGUAAAUAUUUCCGGUAUAUUUUAAAGCAAGAUCACCAAAUCUUAGGGAAGAAAAUUAAGCGGAUGAAGAGAUCUGUGAAAAAAUACAGUAUUGUAAAUCCAAGACUUUGAUACUGAAUUUUAGUUAUUUCACAGUACUAGCUACACAGUAUACCACCAUGAAGAAAUAUUUUGGUGAUGAGUUCUGUUGAGGAAUUUUGAAAAGAGAAGGAUUUAGAAAAAGACUUUCUUGGCCGGGCGCGGUGGCUCACGCCUCUAAUCCCAGCACUUUGGGAGGCCGAGGUGGGUGGAUCAUGAGGUCAGGAGUUCGAGACCAGCCUGGCCAACACAGUGAAACCCUGUCUCUACUAAAAAUACAAAAAUUAGCUGGGCGCGUUGGUGGGCAUUUGUAAUCCCAGCUACUCGGGAGGCUGAGGCAGGAGAAUCGCUUGAACCCGGGAGGCAGAGGUUGCAGUGAGCCGAGAUCAUGCCACUGCACUCCUGCCUGGGCGACAGAACUAGGCUCUGUC